UGCCGGGCGGUGCUGGGCGAGCCCCCCGGGUCCCCCGAACGCCCGCCGGCUCUCACUGUGGGCCAGUGGCAGCUCCUGACCGAGCUUCUCCGCUACGACCCGGCGACACCGGAGCUGGGGGCGGUGCUGACCCCCGACGGCUCCACGGUGGCCCUCGGUCCCCUCCUGGCCGGCAUCGAGGCGGGGCUGAGAUCCGGUGGCUUUGGGCCACCCCUCCCCACCCUCGACCCACCCGCCGAUCCUCUCUUGGCUGUCACCAUCGCCGAGGCUUUGGGGACAUCGUUCCUCAUGGCGCAGGGGAGUGACAACAACGCCACCGCGCUGGGACCCGGCGGCUGCUGGGACGACGUGGAGAACCCCCAGAAUUACACCUUGAGGGGUCCCCCGUCCCCUGUCCCUGACCCUGUGGCCAUCGGGGCCAUGGAUGGGGUGCUUCUGGGGGCGCAGCUGGCGCGGGGACCCCUCCCUGUGGCCGAGCUGCUCCGGGGCUACUACGGGGUCGGGAAUGGCUCGGAAGCAGGGAGACCCCUCAGCAGUUACCGGCGCCGGGAUUUUGGGGCGCUGGCGGGACAAGGACGGCUGGAGAAGGAGGUGGCGGCCGUUUUGGGGAUGCUGAGGACGCUGUCGCCUAGCCCGGAGCUCCUGAGGGACAUGGGGACACAAGAGAUGGCGGCCGUGGCUCGUCGGGCAGCGCAGGAAUUCAGCGAGCGCUACGUGGAGUGUCCAGCCAUCGUGCCCCGCUGCCUGUGGGGCGCCCGUCCCUACCGGGGUACCCCGGCCCCGCUGCAGCCCCCGCUGGGCUCGGUGUUCCUGCACCACACCCUGGAGCCGGCACUGCCCUGCCAGACCUUCAGCGCCUGCACCCGCGCCAUGAGGGACAUGCAGCGCUUCCACCAGGACACUCGUGGCUGGGACGACAUCGGCUACAGCUUCGUGGUGGGCUCGGAUGGGUACUUGUACGAGGGCCGGGGCUGGCACUGGGUGGGUGCCCACACCAAGGGCUACAACACCCAAGGCUUCGGCGUUGGCAUCGUCGGUGACUUCACGGCCACCCUCCCGGACCCCGACACGCUGGCCCUGGUGCGGGACGAGCUGCUGCCCUGCGCCGUCCGCUCUGGCCACAUCCGGCCGGACUUCACCCUGCGCGGCCACCGCCAGCUAGGGCGCACCGACUGCCCCGGCAACGCUCUCUUCCAGGAGAUCCAGAGCUGGUCCGGCUUCCAGGGGACACCGUGAGAAGCAGCCCUGGCCAGGGAGCCUGGGAUGGACGGGGGCAGGAGAGGGUGGACACUGGUCCAGAUGGACACCGGAGCCAUGGAUGCCAGCUGGACUUUGGUCUGCAGCCCUCUAGCCUAGCCCUGAUGACCACCAGCCCAGCCACACCCUGGCCCACCCCACUGGCUAACCAGCCCAUUCUAGUAGCCCCAAAACCCCCCAAAAUAAAUCAAAUUCCAGGAUAUCACCUCCGAGUGGUCCCUGCAGAGCAAGGGGGAAACUGAGGCAAGGGCUGGGGGCGUGACUUUGAGGUGAUGGGAGGGGACUUCGGGACCCACCCUGGAGACCUCAACCCACCCCCUAAGCGAACACACACCCCCCAAACUGGCACCGGUAGCAUCCCAGGGCCCUCAGCUGUCAUUUCGGAGGGACUCCAGGAGCCACCGCGACCCCGCAGUCCCUUCGAGGGGUGACUCGCGGUGUCCCCCCGGUGUCACCGGCGCGUCCCCAGCAGGAGCAGCGGCAUCA